UCAAUAAGAAGACAAGACUUAGAACGAUCAUCUCAGAAGUUGACCAGUAACCUGGCACAGUUACAACGAGUCAACAUGGAACAGGAGCAGAGGAUUGAUACAACACUGUCCGAACUGCAACAGCAGCAGAAGCGCACAGAUGAAUUACUGCAUUCUGAUAGGUUAAAUACAACCACUAGUCAAGAUGGGCAGAGAAGAUCGUCAGAGCCCCAGUGCACAGUCCAGCGAGAGCAGUCCUUCACAAGACAGUUGAAGCAGUGGAGCACCUCGGAUGUUAUCCGGUGGUUAGAAAACAGAAAACUUCACAAAUUUAUCCUUCUGUUCCAACGGCACCAUGUGGCAGGGAUAAACUUAGUGGAUCUACAGCUGCCAUUUCUGGAGGGUUAUGACCAUAUCAGUUUAGAGGACCGAGAACUCCUCCUGGCGGAGGUAUAUGAGUUACUGAGACUGGAACAGAAAACAGAUGAGGACGACACCCAUCGGUUACAGACUCCUGUGGAGCACCAGAAGUACCAAGCAGCCAUCACUCUUGCCAAAGACAAGUCGAGUGCCUUCCAUCGUUCACAAAGUGUGCCAGUUGUCUUGACAUUUAGUCAGCCUUCUACUAUACCUUCAUCCCCGUCGUCUUCGUCACCUACACCAAAACUCCGUAAAAAGUCAGAGUCAGAUGUCAGAGAAGGGGAUUUAAGGGAAGGACUUGUCACACUCCGUCGACAAAAAGUUCUCAGUGGUGAUGGGUAUACAGCGUCCAGAUCACCACGUGGCGACAAAUUUAUUCGUCAAAAUUCACCUGGUGGAGACUCAUGCUCAAGCACAGGAUCAUUGAAGUCUAGUGUAAGUGGAGGAGGCACGCUGAACAAACCUGUCAGGAAGAAAUUGCAGACAAAGCCUGUGGGUAAACUUUCUUUGUACAACAUGUUUGAUGGAAAAAUGGCUCAAGAAGUUUGUUGCAUCCACCUAAGAAAGACAAGCGGUCAGUUUGGGAUGACCUUCGUAGUGGACAACAAAGGUCAUUUGAUCAUUGGGUCAUUGGAGGAAAAUGAUAGUAAUGGCAGUGUAAAGGCAGGAGACAGGGUUCUGGAGAUGAACGGUCAACUAUUGUUGCCACUGACUACGAGCGAUGUCCAGCGAUUGGUGGAAGGGGUGAUACAACAAUGUGAAGAAGUAGAGUUGGUUGUCUGGUGUGACCCCACAGUCCGGAAAUUGGAAUUACGAAACAGUGAAGAGCUUGCAGACAAGCGUUGGUGGAACUUAAGGAAGGUGUUGACAGAUAUGCAAGGACAGGAGAUGGAUCCAGAUCAGAUUAUCCGUGGUGUACCACAGAAGGAAAUGACAGAUCUCAAAGACCGAUGUUCUCUACAGGAUGAGUUGGUGGAACUGAAAGAUUUGGUGAAGGAUCAACAAGGUGUUAUUGAAGGCCUACAACGAGAACUGACAACCAAAGAGGAGUGUAUUUGGGAACUCCGACGCCAAAAGGAUUCAGCACUAAAGGCUGCUACAGACCUUCAUUCACACUCUAGGAAGGGUGUGUCCAUACAAGGAGAAUCACAGUAUUACAAAAUGACCAUGGACAGCCUGAAAGUCGAGGGUGCUUCCAAGGAAAAACUGAUGAAUUCACUAAAGGAGAUAGUGAAAGAAGCCAGUCGUCAGAAGGUGUACCUGGACCGCCUCAUUUCUGUUGUGAUCGAGGAAUCACCAUGGAUACUGGAACAGGUGGAUGCAGACUUUGAUGAAAUGGUGCCAGACACCUCUGGAGAAUACUGCUGAAUUGACUGGAACUAGGAAAAUUCUGUUGACACUGGAGGAGAAUUCUUUUAAAAUUACUUAGUUAUACUGUUAUGUUGGUGCUAUUAUGUAUAUUUAUUAACUGCAAAAUGUCCUCAAAUAUAUAUACAUUGUGUGUAUAUAUAUAUAUGUUUCUACAUUAACAGACCAAAACUUGUUUGUAUUUAGAAUGUGAAAAUGAUGGUGAUGGUUAUGAUUACCGGUAGAUUGUAGAUUCAUGUAAAUGGCAAGAUACAAGGUAUGAUAGGUUAAAAAAAUCAAAAAGUAUGUUCAAUACAAAUAUUAACUAAUUUUUUGAUGGUUGUACAAACAAAUAAAUAGAUAAUUGAAAACUUUGAUGGUUGAACAAAAGCAAAAAGAGAAAACAAAGCCUAUCGGUGUUAAUGAUACCUGUUUUUCAAUCAUGCAAUAACUUUGCCACUUAUAUUUUAAUCGGUAAUAAAACUCAGCAUUAUAAUAUCUCUGUAUUUAGAGGUACUGCAAUCCUUAGUGCAAUAGUCAUGUGGAUGGCUCUUGAAUGAUAUUUCAACGUUUAAACUUAGAGUGCAUCAUCUGUAACCAUUCCUUAAUAGUUAUUCUGUAAAUGUAUGUUAUUUAAUGACUUGCACCGUUUACGCAAUGCCAGGUCAUGACGAAUAAGGUAUUGUUGUCUUUUGUAACAUAAACCAGAGCCAUGUCACAAAUGGUCAGUAUUCGAUUAUUAUUUCAUAAACUGAAAUGUGGACCUGGUAAAAAUAAUCAGAAGUGUAUGAUAAUUUUAUAUGAUAAUAGAAUGGAUGAAGCUGGUGAUGUUUUGUAGUAAGGGAUAUUAUUCAUCUAAAUAGUAGAUCCUACCAGUUUUAAAAAUCAUGCAAAAUUCCUUCAUGUAAUGUUGUGAAAGACUUCUAAAGGUUGUUGCUGUUAUUCAUUUCAUUUGUUUACAAAGCCAUGUGUAUUACGUACUGUGUGUAUGUAUGAUGUAUCAAAAUGGUAAACUGAAAUUCUGAUGCAAAUUUACACUGAUGUACCACCGUGGUUACUUCGGAGGUAAAUGUAAAUUGCUGUAUUGCCAUGGUAACCUGAAUCUCAGAUGAAUAUUUACAUAGAUGUAUCACCAUGGUUACCUCAGAUAAAAACCAUGUAUUUACAUUGAUGUACCACCAUGGUAAUUUCGCAGGUAAAUAUAAAUUGAUGUUUUGUCAUGGUAACCUCAGAUGAAAACAUAUAUUUACAUUGAUGUACCACCAUGGUUAGCUCAGAUAAAUAUUUAUAUUUACAAUGAUGUAUUACCAUAGCUACAGUGUACCUCCAGUGUAGAUGUAAAUUGCUGUAUCACCAUGGUCACUUCAGAUGAAAAUGUAUAUUUACAUAAACGUAUCACCACAGUAACCUUCAAUGUAGAUUUAAGUAGAUGUAUUGCCAUGGUAACCUAAAACAUUGAUGUUUGUUGUGGUUGUUGUUGGAUUGUAAAUGUUACUCCAAGGUUCAUUGAAGUAUUAUACCAUAAUAAAAAUGAAAGCCACAGCUAGUUAAUCAGCUGGUUAAACCACAACCUGUAAAUCAACUGGUUAAACCACAGCUGAUACAUAAUAUAGAAUAUAUAUUUUACCUGUCCUGAGAUCUGAUACAGAAUAUAUAUUUUACCUGUAAUGAGGUCUGAUACAGAAUAUAUAUUUUACCUGUAAUGAGAUCUGAUACAGAAUAUAUAUUUUACCUGUACUGAGGUCUGAUACAGAAUAUAUAUUUUACCUGUCCUGAGGUCUGAUACAGAAUAUAUAUUUUACCUGUCCUGAGAUCUGAUACAGAAUAUAUAUUUUACCUGUAAUGAGGUCUGAUACAGAAUAUAUAUUUUACCUGUAAUGAGAUCUGAUACAGAAUAUAUAUUUUACCUGUACUGAGGUCUGAUACAGAAUAUAUAUUUGACCUGUACUGAGGUCUGAUACAGAAUAUAUAUUUGACCUGUACUGAGGUCUGAUACAGAAUAUAUAUUUUACUUGUACUGAGAUCCGAUACAGAAUAUAUAUUUGACCUGUAAUGAGGUCUGAUACAGAAUAUAUAUUUGACCUGUAAUGAGGUCAGAUACAAAAUAUAUAUUUUACCUGUAAUGAGGUCAAAAACAGAAUAUAUAUUUUACCUGUAACGAGAUCUGAUACAGAAUAUAAAGUUUACUUGUACUGAGAUCUGAUACAGUGUACACAUUGUACAAGAUAUGCUUCUGUUAUUUUAUAUGUUUACUCGUUUUGAUGUGAUUAUACCAUAGUUUUUGUUUCUUGUUAUAUCGUUUAAGUUUGAUUAUUUUAUUACCUGAAAUGUCAGGCCUCUUUUCCUCAGUUGAAAAUGUUUAUUUAGUUGAGUAACAACUUUUUAGAGGUAGCCUGUCAACACUACAUUGUAAACAUGAAAGUACAAAUUGGUUUUGAAAUUAGUUGUUAAUUUUUACAUUUUGUAAGAAAUUAAAUGGAAUUCAAAUUUAGUUUUUUCAACAUGAUUAUUUUCCAUUGAGGUUCUGUUCAGAUCUGACAUGGAUAGAACGUAGUGAAAUGGUUAAAAAAUAUAAUUCUUAAUACUUCAAAUUCCUGAAAAGUAUUGACCUAAAUAUCAACAGGUUCAAAUCAUAUUUACUUUUUAAGUUUAGCUUUAUUUUCAUCAAUAUGGGAAAGAGAUCCUCAGUUUCCCAAAUCUAUAGGACAUUUCAGCUAUCAAGAGGAGCAUUAAAAUCACAGAUCUGUAGACUCUGAUUUCUUGUAAUUGUUAACUUCUAAUGAAAUUGUGAUAAGUGUUAAAAAGUACUCAGUGGAGACGUUAAGAAGGAAUGUGCGACUGCUCUUCACUACGUACACUAAGGCAUUUAACAAGACACAUACCUGGAAUUAUCUAGCAGUGUUCACAGUGUGUUGUAUGGAGAAACAUGCUUUUAAUCUAGUCCUAUAUUUUUAGCUGAAAUAUACAUAGAUUUUUAUUAUAAAACAUGCAAUAUCCUCUGUUCAACCUGAAAUGUUUUAGUGAGGACGGAGGUAUGUAUUAACUCAUGUAUGGAUAUGUUAUAACCUAACAUGUAAGGAAAGUAUUCAUGGACCAAAAUUAUUGUUUAUGCAGGAUUUGAACUUGAAUUAGUUUAUGUAAUAAUGAAGACAAUGUAACUUGGUGAUGGUUUGAUUUACACAGUUUAUAUAGCACAUAGGUUCUUUUUGUACAGUAAUGACAGUGUAACCGUGGUGAUGGUUUUAUAUGUACAGGUGCUUAGAAUUCACAGGCUUUAUACUGGUGUAGGGUUGGAAUCAGUUGUCAGUCACUGUUAUAUUGUUGCCAGGGAAUCAGUUGUCAGUCACUGUAAUGUUGUUGCCAAGGAAUCAGUUGUCAGUCACUGUAAUAUUGCUGCCAAGGAAUCAGUUGUCAGUCACUGUUAUACUGUUGCCAGGGAAUCAGUUGUCAGUCACUGUUAUACUGUUGCCAAGGAAUCAGUUGUCAGUCACUGUUAUAUUGUUGCCAGGGAAUCAGUUGUCAGUCACUGUAAUAUUGUUGCCAGGGAAUCAGUUGUCAGUCACUGUUAUAUUGUUGCCAGGGAAUCAGUUGUCAGUCACUGUAAUAUUGUUGCCAGGGAAUCAGUUGUCAGUCACUGUUAUACUGUUGCCAGGGAAUCAGUUGUCAGUCACUGUUAUACUGUUGCCAGGGAAUCAGUUGUCAGUCACUGUUAUAUUAUUGUCAGUAGACUGGUAUUGUGUGUAUGGAAUGUUAUAGAAAGGUCUGUGAAUGGAUAAGGUUAAAUUGUGAUUUGGCUGGACAUGUUCUACACCGGCAAACAUAGAAUGCAUUACACUUCACUGUAAUUUUUGUAUUUUUAUUAAAAUAUUUUUUUUCUGUUUUGUUGAAUGUACCAGGUGCAUACAAACUUGUUAUUUGAUACUAAUAU